GCCGUCCUGUGGCCACCGUCUCCUCCUCUUUCGCUGACGUUCUCUACAUCAUUCCUAGGUUUCGUCUGUGCACUCCUAGCACACGCCUCUCUGGCAAUAACACCACUAGGUGCAUGCUGAAAGGUUGUUUCAGCUAUGCUUGGUCUUCCCGAUGGUAACUCGUCCGACGAGUCCACCUGGACACAAACUGCCCGCCGGUCUCGUAAAGCGGUCCGCAAGGUGAACAAGGCCGUCAUGCGUUCGCAUCACUUCCGAAUACCAAAGUACGACCUGCCGCUCCGUUUGCGACCAUGGUUUUUGGUCUUCACUUGUCUCGUCCUCCUCAGCCUGGCGUUCCUUGGCUUCACCAACGUCUCACACUCACUGCCUCUCAAUGACAAACUACUGCACUUCCUUUGCAUGGGCCUUGCUACCGGCGUCUUCUACUUCAUCUUCGAUGUCGAAGAAGAUGCAAGACGUAUAUGGUUCUGGCGCAGUGCGCCCCUAAUAUUCACCGGCGUGGUAUGCUUCUUCCUUGGGGGCAUCGUCAGUGAGUUCGUCCAGUCCAUGCUCCCGUACAAAGAGUUCCAGGUCGGCGAUGUUGCGGCUAACCUGCUGGGCUCAACGCUGGGGCUAUACAUCGCCUAUCACCUCGAGCGGUACUACAGGCAUAGACGCGAAAUCCACCGUCUAUACCGUCCACUUGAUACCGAUUCUAUCCCUUCAGACGACGAGGAAGACGACGAUGCCUCAGGAACGCAACUCCUGCCCCUCCACAACCAGCCGAACACCCCCGCGUCGGCCACCAAACCCACCACUCCGAACCGCUCAUCCGUUGCCAAAGCGACAAGGCUCUCAGACGUGUGGGAUGAACGGGAGGACUUGUUUGAUAUAGGGGAGGAGAGCGACGAGGAGGACGAUCGCACACCGCAGGGCCGAGCAGGCCCGCCUCCACCGCCCCCGCCAAAGAUUGUAGUCACUGGCGAGUGACCGUACAGUAGUAUAUUAUACUGCGCGUGUAAUGUGUAUCGGUAUUUUUUGGGAUGGACUAUAUCAUAGGCGUU